CAACACCAAACAUAACAAACUACAAAUUAACCAUGAAGUUUCAAUUGUUCGCCUUAGCUUUCUUAUUAGCUGUGGCGACUUGUAAAGGCCAGGAAGAUUAUACUUGCGAAGAGAACGAGCCAUUCCAUUGUAACCAAACUAGUCGUUUCAAUGGUAAAAGUUUCGGCGAAGAUUUCAUCUUCGGUGUAGCCUCUUCUGCUUACCAAAUCGAAGGUGGUAGAGGUCGUGGACUUAACGUUUGGGAUGGAUUCACUCACCGAUACCCAGAGAAAGCAGGAGCCGAUUUGAAGAAUGGAGACACUACUUGUGACGCAUAUACAUAUUGGCAGAAAGAUAUAGACGUGAUGGGCGAACUCAAUGCUACUGGCUACAGAUUCUCCUUCGCGUGGUCAAGAAUCCUUCCACAAGGAAAGAGGAGUAGAGGUGUGAACCAAAAUGGUAUUGACUACUACAACGGUCUUAUAGACGGCCUCAUAGCAAGGAAUAUAACGCCGUUCGUUACCCUCUUUCACUGGGACCUUCCUCAAACACUACAAGAUGAGUAUGAAGGUUUCUUGAACAGACCGAUCAUAGAUGAUUUCAAAGAUUACGCGGAUCUAUGUUUCGAAAAAUUUGGUGAUAGGGUAAAGCACUGGAUAACAAUCAACCAGCUUUACACAGUACCUACGCGAGGAUAUGCAUUGGGAACAGAUGCACCUGGUCGAUGUUCUCCUACGCAUGAUAUAAGAUGUUACGGCGGAAACUCGUCAACCGAACCCUAUAUCGUUGCACAUCACCAGCUUCUUGCUCAUGCCACGGCCGUGGAUCUUUACAGGACAAAAUAUAAGGACCAAGGAGGGAUGAUUGGACCUGUGAUGAUAACUAGAGGGUUUCUUCCGUUUGAUGACACUCCAGAGAGCAAAGAGGCAACUUAUCGGUCUAAAGAAUUUUUCCAUGGAUGGUUCAUGGAGCCGCUAACAAAGGGUAAAUACCCAGACAUCAUGAGGAAACUUGUGGGUGAACGGCUUCCAGAGUUCACCGAAACAGAAGCCAAACUUGUAAAGGGUUCAUAUGAUUUUCUUGGUCUCAACUAUUACUUCACUCAGUACGCCCAAAACGAUGACACAGUAGUUCCUUGGGACGAACACACUGCUAUGAUGGACUCAAAAGCAGUUCUCACAUAUAAAAAUGCAAAGGGUGAGCCCAUUGGUCCAUUGUUCAGUAAAGGAGCCUAUUACUACCCAAAAGGCAUUUACGACGUAAUGGAGUAUUACAAAAACAAAUAUGGUGACCCUUUAAUAUAUAUCACCGAGAACGGAAUUAGUAGCCCCGGUGAUCAACCGCUUGACGAGGCUAUGGCCGAUUACAAGAGGAUUGAUUAUCUAUGCAGUCAUCUUUGUUUUCUCCGUAAGGUCAUCAAGGAGAAGGGUGUCAACGUGAGAGGAUACUUUGCUUGGUCUCUUGGGGAUAAUUACGAAUUCUGCAAUGGCUUUACCGUCAGAUUUGGACUCAGUUACGUUGACUUCAACAAUGUCACCGCUGAUAGAGACCUCAAAGCAUCUGGGAAAUGGUUCCAGCAGUUCAUAAACGUUAGCUCCAAUGACCCUGCCGACCAAGAUCUCCUCCGCUCUAGCCUCCCCUUCAAGAACCGUGAUCGGAAGAGGCUCGCAGAUGCAUGAUAGACUUCUAACCACUUUAUGCUCAUCAAAAUCGUCUUCAUGUCUCCUCUUUUUACUUGCUCCAUAGAUAACGAGCUUCUUCUACUGUACUGAAAGUGAAUAAAACACCUAACUAAUAAAAGAUGAUUAAUAUCCAUAA